AUGGUGAACACUUCUUCUUCUUCUCCGGUGAAGAUCACCGUCUCCUCGGGCGGAAAAACCGGAGGAAGUCGAAGAAGCAUCGGUCUAACAAGUCCACAACCACGUCCUUCAGUCUCCAACAACAACAAUAAUGUCAACCCUAAUUCCCCUCUCACCAACAGAUCUAACCGGCUUUCCACCGGAAUCAGCACCGGAAGGAGGUUAUCAGCUGGUGGUAACUACUCCGAUGCUACUGAAGAAACAACUUCAGAGUAUGUCUCCUACACAGUUCACAUUCCUCCAACGCCAGAUCGGAUGCCGCUUUCGUCUUCGCAAACAAGCCUCCCGGAAGAAAACCCGAGAAACAACCCUAACUACAUAUCUGGUACGAUCUUUACUGGAGGUUUUAACUCCGUUACACGAGGUCAUGUCAUUGAGUUCUCCGACAACCGUGAUAGUCAGCCGUUGAAAUCUAAAUUGAUCUGCGGAAUGAAAGGAUGUGAUGUGGACGCGCUUAAGGGUUGUACUUGUGAGUGUGGGUUCAAAAUUUGCAGGGAUUGUUACAAAGAGUGUUGCGGAAAUGGAAAUCGAGGUGGUGGUAAUAAAUGUCCGGGUUGUAAAGAACCUUACAACAAUGUUAGUGACAGUGAAGAAGAGGAAGAGGAGGAAGAAGAGGUGUCUGAGUGUGAAGAUCAAGCUUUGCCUUUACCUUCCAUGGCGGAAUUCAAGCUGGAUAAGAGGCUUUCUCUUGUGAAAUCUUUUAAAGCUCAGAAUCAUCCACAGGAUUUUGAUCAUACUCGUUGGCUCUUUGAAACUAAAGGAACUUAUGGUUAUGGAAAUGCUGUUUGGCCUAAAGAUGGAUAUGGUUCAAAUGGAUACGAACCGCCUCCGGAUUUUGGGAAGAAAAGUAGAAGACCUUUGACUAGGAAAGUUGGGGUUUCAGCUGCAAUUCUCAGCCCUUAUAGGUUGCUAAUUUUGAUGCGUCUUGCUGCACUUGGUUUGUUUCUGACAUGGAGGAUUCGACACCGGAACCAUGAGGCAAUGUGGUUGUGGGGAAUGUCAGUGACUUGUGAGCUAUGGUUUGCAUUUUCAUGGCUUCUUGAUCAACUUCCUAAGCUAUGUCCAGUGAACAGAGUUACUGAUUUGGCAGUUUUGAAAGAACGGUUUGAGUCACCGAAUCUGCGAAACCCAAAAGGGAGGUCUGAUCUCCCUGGAAUUGAUGUCUUUGUUUCAACAGCAGAUCCAGAAAAGGAGCCACCUCUUGUCACUGCAAACACCAUUUUAUCUAUCCUUGCAGUUGACUAUCCAGUGGAAAAAGUUGCUUGUUAUUUGUCUGAUGAUGGUGGAGCUCUUUUGACAUUUGAAGCUCUUGCAGAAACUGCUAGUUUUGCAAGAGUUUGGGUUCCUUUCUGUAAAAAACACCAAAUUGAGCCAAGAAAUCCUGAAGCUUAUUUUGGCCAGAAGCGCGAUUUUCUCAAGAACAAAGUUAGGUUGGACUUUGUUAGGGAGAGGAGAAGGGUGAAGAGGGAAUAUGAUGAAUUCAAAGUGAGGAUCAAUUCCUUACCUGAAUCUAUAAGGAGAAGAUCAGAUGCUUACAAUGCUCAUGAGGAGUUACGAGCCAAGAAGAAACAGAUGGAAACAGGUUCUGAUAUAUCCGACCUCAUUAAGGUCCCUAGAGCAACUUGGAUGUCUGAUGGCUCUCAUUGGCCUGGAACUUGGCCAUCAGCAGAACCUGACCACUCUAGAGGUGACCAUGCUGGUAUAAUUCAGGCAAUGUUGGCUCCACCAAAUGUAGAACCAGAAUAUGGCACAGAAGCAGAUGGGGAUAACUUGAUUGACUCAACAGAUGUUGACAUUAGGUUGCCAAUGCUUGUUUAUGUGUCUCGUGAGAAGAGGCCGGGAUACGAUCACAAUAAGAAAGCUGGUGCCAUGAAUGCUCUUGUUCGAACUAGUGCCAUCAUGUCCAAUGGACCAUUCAUACUCAAUCUUGACUGUGAUCAUUACAUCUACAACUCAUUGGCCAUCAGAGAAGGUAUGUGCUUUAUGCUCGACAGAGGCGGUGACAGGAUAUGUUAUGUUCAAUUCCCUCAAAGGUUUGAAGGCAUUGAUCCUAGCGAUCGAUAUGCAAAUCACAACACUGUUUUCUUUGAUGUGAGCAUGAGAGCUCUUGAUGGUUUACAAGGUCCAAUGUAUGUUGGAACUGGCUGCAUAUUCAGAAGAACAGCUCUUUAUGGGUUUAGUCCACCUAGAGCUUCUGAACAUCAUGGAUGGUUUGGAAGAAGGAAAAUUAAGCUGUUUCUGAGAAAGCCUAAGGUGUCAAAAAAGGAAGAAGAUGAAGUUUGUCUGCCAAUCAAUUGCGAUCACAACGACGAUGACGCAGAUAUAGAAUCCCUGCUUCUUCCAAAAAGGUUUGGAAAUUCUACUUCUCUAGCUGCAUCCAUUCCAGUAGCAGAAUAUCAAGGAAGGUUGCUUCAAGAUUCAAAAGGAAAUGGAACACAAGGAAGACCUGCAGGUUCUCUAGCCGUUCCUCGCGAGCCGUUAGAUGCUGCUACCGUUGCCGAGGCAAUUAGCGUCAUAUCUUGUUACUAUGAGGAUAAAACUGAGUGGGGGAAAAGAGUAGGGUGGAUAUAUGGUUCAGUCACAGAAGAUGUUGUGACUGGUUACAGAAUGCACAACAGAGGGUGGAGAUCAGUUUACUGUGUGACAAAAAGAGAUGCAUUUAGAGGAACAGCUCCAAUCAAUUUAACAGACAGGCUACACCAAGUGCUUCGUUGGGCGACAGGUUCCGUCGAAAUCUUCUUCUCAAGAAACAACGCCUUAUUGGCUAGUCCUAGAAUGAAAUUCUUGCAAAGAGUAGCAUAUUUCAAUGUUGGAAUGUACCCUUUCACUUCAAUGUUUCUGAUUGUGUAUUGCUUCCUACCUGCACUAUCCUUAUUUUCUGGACAGUUUAUAGUCCAAUCACUCAGCGUAACUUUUCUAGUGUUCUUGCUUGGAAUCACAGUCACACUAUGCUUACUUGCACUACUUGAGAUCAAGUGGUCAGGUAUUACACUACAUGAUUGGUGGAGAAAUGAACAGUUUUGGGUUAUCGGCGGAACGAGUGCUCAUCCCGCAGCUGUUUUACAAGGAUUGUUGAAGGUGAUAGCAGGAGUUGACAUCUCAUUCACAUUAACAUCAAAGUCAGCAACACCAGAAGAUGGUGAAGAUGAGUUUGCUGAUCUUUAUAUAGUGAAAUGGAGCUUUCUAAUGGUACCUCCAAUCACAAUUAUGAUGGUGAAUACUAUUGCUAUUGCUGUGGGAGUAGCCAGGACUCUCUAUAGUCCAUUUCCGCAGUGGAGUAAACUUGUUGGAGGAUUGUUUUUCAGCAUUUGGGUUUUGUGUCAUCUUUACCCGUUUGCAAAAGGGCUUUUGGGAAGAAGAGGAAAGGUUCCAACAAUUAUCUACGUUUGGUCUGGUUUAAUCUCAAUCAUUAUUUCUUUGCUUUGGGUUUAUGUUCACCCUCCUGCUGGUGGAAGACCACAAGAUUUCAUGAAUUUUCAGUUCCCUUGA